AUGGCCGAGCAACUCCUGGAUCAGGCCCGGGACCUGGUCGACGGCCAGAUCGACUUUGAGGGACAGAAGCUGGCCGAGAUCCUGACCACGGUGUUGCUUUCUGUCGUCGGCGCCAUCGCGUUCUUCGUCGGCUUCUUCCUGCAGGACAUUGCGCUCGCGCUCAAGGUCGGCCUCGCCGGCACGGCCCUCACCUUCCUCGUCAUCGUGCCGCCGUGGCCCUUCUUCAACCGACACCCCGUCAAGUGGCUGCCGGUGGGCGGAGGCAGGACGGCGGGCGGCGCCGCGGCGGCGCACCAGAAUGUGGUGAUUGACGACAAGAUGUUUGCACAGAACUAG